UUCAUUGACCAACUUUGCCUUUUCCCCAUCAUUCCUUUCAUCCUCUCACAUCCUUAACCUGCCACUUGAUCACUUGCUUGCCGCUGCAGUUACAGAUCCGGCUGUUGCUGCUGCUACAAUACAUUAUCUACUUCUCUUUCACCACCCCUCGCUGCUGCUAUUCAGAUCUCGUCCGCUGCUGCUCGUUUUCAUAUCCGUUUCUACUCAUCACCAGAAUCAUGACAACAACAAUUCCCAAGUUUGCUCACUUACUAAUCCCACUUGAAGACGUACUAAAGGCCACCGACAACUUUCAUCAGGAUAACAUCAUCGGACGCGGUGGAUUGGGACAUGUAUACAAAGGACAACUCCAGCGGUCCGGGGAGUUGAUCUCGAUUUCUGCGCUGAGGUUAAAUCAUAAGCACCGUCAAGGAGUCGUCGAGUUCUGGACCGAAGUUUCAAUGCUUUCUGAUCUCAAGCAUCCAAAUAUAGUCUCUAUUGUCGGAUUUUGUGAUGACAAACAUGAGAAGAUCAUUGUGACCACGUAUGAGGCCAAAAAUGGAAGUCUCAGGAAGCAUCUAAACAACCGGAACCUCACAUGGACGCAAAGAUUGAAGAUAUGUGUAGGCGUGGCUCAUGCGUUGAGUUACCUCCAUUAUGACGCGGGGCGUGGCUAUGGUGUUAUACAUCUUAACGUCAACAGCUCCACAAUUUUAUUAGACGAGAACUGGGAACCCAAGUUAUCCGGUUUUAAAGUUUCGAUCAAACAAUCACUUAACCGAAUGGACCAGGUCGUCCUUUCUGAACCUAUUGGCACAAUAGGGUAUUUGGACCCAGAAAUUGGAAAGACCAAAGGUGUGACCUGCAAGUCGGAUAUCUACGCAUUCGGUGUUGUUUUAUUCGAAAUAUUGUGUGGGAGGAGAGCAUAUAUUAAGGCGGGGGAAAAUAAGUUUCUAGCUGGAUUGGCCAAGUAUCAUUAUGAGAACCAAACAUUGCAGGAUAUUAUCCAUCUUGAUCUAAGGAAUCAAAUAUUCCCGGGAUCACUUAGAAAAUACUCAAAAACGGCAUAUUCUUGCUUAAUGGAAGAUAGAGUACAACGCCCGAAUAUGCUCAAUGUUGUUGAUGAACUUGAGAAAGCACUUGAGAAAACAUUGAAGUUUCAGCCACGACAUGAAUAUUUUGGGAAGAAGUUAGAACACUUGAAGAUUCAACUCGUUGAUAUAAAGUUGGCCACACAUAAUUUUUCUGACACAUACAAAACUGAAUCUGAUGUUAACCGUACUUGGUAUACAACAGAACUCAGCCAUUUUGAUAAAGACAAAACUUCCUCCAUAGAAGGGAAAAGUAAAAAUGAACUACCCAACAGAUGUAACACUGUAGAAAUAAAACGCUUCCUUCCUAGAGAUGACAAGCAUGAAGAAGAAUUAUUUUUUACAGAGCUUGAAAUGCUUAGUAGCGUUAAGCAUCACAACAUAGUCACUCUUAUAGGAUUUUGUGUUGAAGGUUUCGAGAUGAUACUUGUCAUGGAGAAAUUUUCUAAUGGAUACCUGAUGAAUCAUUUGGGUAACAUCAAUAAAAUGCGUAUUUUGACUUGGAAAAUACGUUCGAAAAUCUGCAUUGAUGUUGCACAGGCGUUGAUGUACCUCCACUCUAAGAUGGAUGACAAAAAAAUGAUAAUACACAGUAAUAUACAUAGUGGGACAAUUGGGUUGGACGAGAACUGGGGGGCAAAGAUUGUAGACUUUGAUUAUGCGGUAUUCCUGCCUCUAAAUCAAAACGAUGAAGCUCUGUGUAAAAGAAUAGACAUUAUGCAGUCAAAGUAUCAUGUGGAUCCAGAAUAUGCAAAGACCAGUAAGCUAAAAAGAGAGUCGGAUGUGUAUAGCUUUGGAGUAGUUAUGUUUGAAAUUCUAUGCGGAAGAGUAGCUUGGGACCAAAUUUACCUUAAGCAGGGUGAGAAAGGGCUGGUUCAUGUUGCAAGACAAAACUUCUCCAAUGGGACAACAGAGGACAUCAUAGAUCCUAUACUAAAGGAAGAAACUGGUAAACAGAGUCAGGGUCCAAUUGGAAGAGCUAAUAAGGAUUCUUUGUACACAUUUUUAAAAGUUGCAAACCAGUGUGUGGCGGACAGUCAAGACCAACGUCCAACAAUGAAAGUUGUUCUUAAUGAACUUGAGCAAGCAUUGGUCUUUCAAGUAAGUCAGGAGGAGCAAGUACAGGAGCCAAAUAAGGACCAAGUUGUCGACGAACUUCAGAUAACAACUUUUCAAGUUCCUGAGGAGCAAGUACAACAAUUGGGUAAGGAUCAAGUUGACGACAAACUUGAGAAAGCAAGGCAUGAAAUUCUUGUUGGGAAGAACUUGGAACACUUGAAGAUUCCUCUCACUCAUAUUCAAUCAGCAACCCAUGAUUUCUCAAACGAAUACAGAAUUUCAUAUUUCUCAAAUGGCAAUGCUUUCUACAGGGCAGAACUCGAGCAUUAUGAUAAAGAGAAUCCAUCAUCCAAGAGACACAACACUGUACUUAUCAAACGCUACCCUUCUGGAAAUAAGUUGUAUGGAGAAAAAGAGUUUCUCACAGAAAUAGAAAUUCUUUCAGGUGGAGUUAAGCAUCCCAACAUAGUCAAUCUGCUUGGAUUUUGUCUUGAAGAUUCUGAGAUGAUCCUUAUCAUUGAAGAUUUUUCUAAUGGAUUCCUUGAUAAUUAUUUGGGAAACCUCAAAGACAAACAUGUUUUGACUUGGGAAAACCGUUUGAAAAUAUGCAUUGGUGUUGCACACGCAUUAAGGUACAUUCACAAUGAGAUGGAAGGCCAAAAGAUGAUAAUAAACCGUGAUAUAUGCAGUUACAACAUUGGGUUGGAUGAGAAAUGGGGCGCAAAGAUUAUUAACUUUUCGUGGUCCGUAUUCCUGUCUCCAGAUCAAGAAAUCAAAGAUCACAAUCUCAUCGGUGUUGGGAAAAGGUCCUACAGAGAUCCAGAAUAUGAGAAGACCAAUAAGUUAAAAAAUGAAUCAGAUGUUUAUGGUUUUGGAGUAGUCUUGUUUGAGAUUCUUUGUGGGAGGUUAGCCCAUGACCCAAUUUACCUUAAGGAGAGUGAGAGAGGGCUGGCCCCUGUAGCAAGACGAAGCUUUAGCACAAGAACACUAGAAGAGUUGAUAGAUCCUAUAAUAAAGGAAGAAGUUGGUGAAAACAAAUUUGUUCUAAAUAGAGGACCCAACAAGGAUUCUUUGCACACGUUUAUUACAAUUGCACACGAAUGUGUGGCGGAAACUCAAGACCAACGCCCAACAAUGAAAGACGUAGUCAAGGAACUUGAGAAAGCAUUAUUCUUUCAAUACAACAACAAGGAUAACCCCAAACUGUCACUUGAAGACAUAAAACGGGUGACACAAAACUUUCAUGAUGACAAUUUCAUCGGUGGGGGAGGAUUUGGUAAAGUUUAUAAAGGAAACCUUCAAGAUGGAGAAGGAAUUAAAACCAUUGUUGCAAAGCGAUUGGAUACGAGGUUUGGUCAAGGAGAACAACAAUUCUUUAGUGAGCUCCAAAUUCUUUUGGAUUAUAAACAUGAGAAUGUCAUUGGUCUUGUAGGAUACUGUGAUGAAAAUGACGAAAAAGUCCUUAUCUAUGAGUAUUUGUCCAAGGGAAGUCUUGAUAGGUAUUUGAAUGAUACUUCUCUUACAUGGGUUAAACGACUUAAUAUAUGCAUUGAUGUUGCAAGAGCGUUGGAUUUCCUACACGGAGGAGUAGGAAAACAAGCAAAGGUGAUACAUAGGGACAUCAAAACUGAAAACAUCCUGUUAAACAAUGAUUGGAAAGCAAAACUGGCUGAUUUUGGGCUUUCGCUAAUAUGUUCAAUAAAUCAGGAAACAGACUAUAUCAUCGAUCAUGCGUGUGGCACAAAAGGAUACGUGGACCCACUUUAUAGACAAUCGGGAUUCCUAACCAUAGAAUCCGAUAUUUACUCGUUUGGUGUUGUUUUAUUUGAGAUUUUGUGCGGGAGAUCAACAUUUGAAAUCCAAAAACAUGAGGGCCACUAUCUACCAGAUUUCAUUGAAAAAAGUUUUAAAGAAGGAAAGCAUGGUGAGGUGGUGUUCAAACAAAUGAGGGAAGAGAUCAUGCCCAAAUCAUUAAUUACAUUUCAAGAGAUUGCCUACAAAUGCCUACAUCUUGAUAGAGAAAAACGACCGACAACAAAAAAAGUUUUGAUGCAACUUAAGAAAGCAUUGGUAUUUCAAAACAUGGCAUCAACAAUGAACCAGUUUGCUCACUUACAAAUCCCACUUGAAGAUGUGGCGAAGGCCACCAACAACUUUCAUCAUGAUAACAUCAUCGAACUUGGUGGAGUUGGUAUCGCAUAUACAGGACGACUCUUGUGGUCUGGGAGGUUGAUGGAGAUCACUGCUCGGAGGUUUGAUUGUAAGCAUGGGGAAGGAGACCUCAAGUUCUUGACAGAAAUUUCAGUGCUUUCUGAUCUCAAGCAUAAAAAUCUAGUCUCUAUUAUUGGGUUUUGUGAUGAGAUAGAUGAGAAGAUCAUUGUUACCAUGUAUGAGGCCAAUGGAAGUCUAGGGCAGUAUUUAAACAGCCCGAACCUAACAUGGAAGCAAAGAUUGAGGAUAUGUGUAGGUGUGGCUCGUGCGUUGAGUUACUUACAUUAUGACAAGGGACAUGAUUAUGCUAUUCUACAUUGUAACAUCAAUAGCAACACUAUUUUGUUGGACGAUAAUUGGGAAACCAAGUUAUCCGGUUUUGAAUUUUCCAUCAAACAUCAGGUGUGCCUUUGUGAACACACUGGCACAUUGGGGUGUGGGGACCCAACAAUUGAAAAGACGGGAGGUGUGACCCACAAGUCGGACAUCUACUCAUUCGGUGUUGUUUUAUUCGAAAUAUUGUGCGAGAGGAAAGCGUUAAUUCAUAACGAGGUUGAUAGGUCUCUAGCUCAGAUGGCCAAGCAUCAUUAUGAAAAGGGAACAUUGCAUGAUAUAAUCCAUCCUCAUCUACUAAAUCAAAUAUUGUCUCCGCAAUCACUCCUCAUAUACUCAAAGGUAGCAUAUUCUUGCUUAAAUGAUGAUCCAGCACACCGCCCAGGUAUGCACCAUAUUGUGGCUAAACUUGAGAAAGCAUUGGAACUUCAGUUGCAUCAUGAAAAUAUUGAAAGGAAGUUUGAACACUUGAAGAUUCGUCUUUGUGAUAUUAAAUUAGCAACAAAUAAUUUCUCAGAGACAUACGUAAUUGCAUCUGUGGAUAAAGAAUGUACUUUGUACAGAGCAGAGCUCCACAGUUUUGAUAUAGAAAAUCCUUCAUCUGAAAAGGGGAAGAAUAAAGGAGAUCAUCCCAAGGGACAUAACAUUGUGGUUAUAAAACGGUACCCCUCUGGAAAUCAGUGUUUCGGAGAAGAAGAGCUUUUUACAGAAAUUGAGAUGCUUUCGAGUGUUGAGCAUCCGAACAUAGUCACUUUAAUUGGAUUCUGUAUUGAAGAUUCUGAGAUGAUCCUUAUCAUUGAGAAUGUUUCUAAUGGAUACCUUCAGAAUUAUUUGGGAAACAGCAAUAAUAUGUGUAUUUUGACAUGGGAGAAGCGUUUGAAAAUCUGCAUUGAUGUUGCAAACGCAUUGGAGCACCUUCACUCUGAGAUGGAAGACCAAAAGAUGAUAAUACACCAUGAUAUAUGUCACUUUAACAUUGGGUUGGACGAGAACUGGAGGGCAAAGAUUGAUGGGUUUUGGUGGUCUGUAAUUUUGCCUCCAAAUCAAGAAGAUGAAGCUGUCUAUAUCUGGUGGCGUGGCAGAUCGCACUACAUAGAUCCAGAGUAUUUAAAGACUAAUAAGUUAAAAAGAGAAUCAGAUGUAUAUAGUUUUGGAAUAGUUUUGCUUGAAAUUCUAUGUGGGAGGACUGCCUUUGACCCAAUUUACUUGAAAGAGAGUGACAAAGGGUUGGGCCCUGUGGCAAGACAAAGCUUCUGCACAGGAAUUCUAGAGGACAUGAUAGAUCCUAUACUAAAGGAAGAAACCAGUGAAUACAGUUUUGUCCUAAAGAGAGGACCCAACAAGGAGUCUUUACACACAUUCAUGAAAAUUGCAUAUCAAUGUGUGGCAGAAACUCAAGUUCAACGUCCGACAAUGAAAGUCGUUGUCAAGGAACUUGAGAAAGCGUUAUCAUUUCAAUUGAAUUCAGAGGUAAAAUCUGAUUAUGUGGAGGUGAAGAGUCAUGCUUCCGUAAUUGAGACACAAGUAGUUGAGCUUUCCAAUGAAUUGAACAGUAUGAACAUCACGGACAAAUCUGAAAAUUUUGAAAUUCAUAACAAGGAAAAUAUGUUACAUGACCAAACGGAUGACGCAGCUGAACCUGACUGUUGAAAGUCAGACUCUCAGGAAGCAGGCUGCUACACGUUCUUGGCCAAACAUGUCAGAAACAAGUGCACAGAUAUGAAAAGGAGGCUAAGUUGCAGGUUCUUUUGGUUGGUGUAUUAGGAAUUUGUUUGUGCAAUUAAAACUCUCAGACAACCCUGUUAAUAUUGGAUAGAAAGCUGGUAAAGAAAGCUUAUGGAGUUGAGGUCAGAUCUGAUGCUGUAACUGGACAAUUGUAUUAUAUUGAUCACAUUACUAGGAGUACCACCUAGAUCAAACGACUUCGUUGCUUUCCGUGUUCUGUUGGUUUCGAUCAGGCAGCUAACUGGAUUAGGAGCAGCUGUACAGUAAAUUGAGCAACUUAUAAUCAGCUAAAUUGUUAGAAGUCAAGUGAUUUGAGCAAUGAUUUUUGAAAGGUCCAAUAAAUUGAGCAAACAGCUGCUAUUAUGUUCAUUAAUUUUGUGAGUUUAGGCGUGAGCUGUUUGAUGAAAAGUCCAAGAAGUUGUCAACGGACAUGAGUGUAAUGGGAACUCUGAUUAAGGUGUUGUGCGGAAGAUAAGGAUGCAAGACCAACCAUGAGCCAUGUGCUGCUGCAUGUAGAAGAAGAAGAUGAUUAAUAAGCUACAGCAGCAUCCCUUUGUUCACAACUUCAUCAUUGUUUCUUCAUCACCUGCUAUACAAGAAAUUUCAGUUGUCACGCGUGAUACUGUUACAUUAUAAAUAUAAAUUUUAUUUGUUAAA